UUAGUCCAGGGUUACGUCUAAUAGUUAUAAUUAGUGUCCAAAUAUCCGAUGUGAUAUGUUCUAACCCUGAUCCAAACAAAAUCUUAGUGCAGUUCAGUUCUAGGGUUAACGGCUCAUGGCGAUCGAUGUAUAAGAUCGACUGCUUUGCAUUCACAUGAAUUGAAUUUCAUUUCCCCAGUUAAUCUAGCCUGACUCCACGCGUAUCGCGUGCGUCUCUCUCGUCGGGGCUUCGAUUGACAGCGGCGACGACGAUCAAGUAGAAGACGCCGCCGCCGCCGCUCGCCGGCUGCACUGCAUCCACCGUCCGGCCGGCCGGCAACUGAUCGAGGAAGAAGACGCAUGGGCGUGGCACAUCGAUAGUAUUUUUGCAUAAAGGUCCCUGUAUAAUACCGCUAAAAUUAGUAAUGGUCCGGGAUAUUUGCAGAAACACCCCUUGCAUAUCACUGCUAUCAUUGGCAUCGGUCAGGUGUUUGUAAAAAUGACCGUGCCGAGCGUCGAUCGUCGUCCCGCCGCCGCGGCCGCCUCGUUUCUGGCGGGAGCAACCACCACGCGCGCGGCAUAUGCUAUGUUUGAACUUUGAAGUUUUGAAGUUGUGCCUGCGCCGCGCGAAACGCGGCGCGCGAUGCCAGCCACCAUUUGCAGCGCGGAGCGAGCGAGGAUGGAGAUGGAGCUCGACGUCCAAUUUUAGCCGCCAUGGCGGCCGGGAUUAGAAGGCGGGAAAGAUCACGAGAGGAGGGGACAAAGGAGAGGUCAGCCCCCUUCCUCGGUCUCUCCGCCGCCGCCUACCAUGGGGUCGUCGUCCCUCCCCCGCGCGGCCGUCCUCGCCGUGGCGCUCCUCCUCCUCCUCGCCGACUCCGGCGAGGCGUUCUUCGACCUCUUCAGCAUCUUCCGCCCGCGCUCCGACAGCGAUUACUUCCCGUUCGAUGGGUCGCCGGGGCAGGCGAAGCGGAAGCCGAAGAUCGAGCAGGAGGAGGAUGGCGCCGCGCCGGCCACAGCCACGGGCCUCACCAAGGUGCCGCCGCUGGGCGCGCCCAGCAAGGCGGCGCUCGACACCAUCGUCCUCCCCGUCGACGACUCCGCGGGGCACGCCGGGUCGUGGACCAUCGUCAGCGAGAACUCCGGCGUGUCGGCGAUGCACCUCGCCGUCAUGCGCCACGGCAAGGCCAUCAUGUUCGACACCAGCACCACCGGCCGGUCGCUGAUGCGCCUCCCCAUGAAUAACUGCCGCGCCGACCCGCGCGCCAAGAGGGAAGGCACCAUGGACUGCUGGGCGCACGCCGUGGAGUUCGACUACAGCACCGGCGCGCUCCGGUCGCUCAAGACCGCCACCGACACGUGGUGUUCGUCCGGCGCGUUCGACGCCGACGGCAACCUGAUCCAGACCGGUGGCUACUUCGAGGGCGACAAGGCGGUGAGGCGGCUCGACGCGUGCGACACCUGCGACUGGCGCGAGUACCCGAACAGCUUCGCCGAGGGGAGGUGGUACGCGACGCAGCAGGUGCUCCCCGACGGGCGGUUCAUCGUGUUCGGCGGCCGGCGAGCCUUCAGCUACGAGUUCGUGCCGCAGCCGGGGAUGACCAACGGCCAGUCCAUCAAGUUCCCGCUCCUCCGCGAGACCACCGACGACGUCGAGAACAACCUCUACCCGUUCGUCAACCUCCUCCCCGACGGCAACCUCUUCGUCUUCGCCAACGACCGCUCCGUCGUCUUCGACCACAGGACGGGCAAGGUCGUCCGCGAGCUCCCCAAGCUCGCCGGCGGCGGGCGGAACCACCCGGCGUCGGCCAUGUCGGCGAUGCUCCCGCUCGACCUCCGCAACCUGACCCGCGGCGCCGACCCGGAGCCGGAGGUGAUCGUCUGCGGCGGCGCGCUCAAGACGGCGUUCAGGCUGGGGGAGAACAACACGUACCAGCCGACGCUCCGCGACUGCGCCCGCAUCAACCUAGGCAAGAUCGACGCGGUGUGGGCGGUGGAGGCGAUGCCGGUGGGCCGCGUCAUGGGCGACCUGCUCGUCCUCCCCACCGGCGACCUGCUCAUGCUCAACGGCGCCGCCAAGGGGAGCUCCGGGUGGGGGUUCGCGCGGCAGCCCAUCCUGUCGCCGAUCCUCUACUCGCCGCGGCACCCGGAGGGGUCGCGGUUCCGGCCGCUGGCGGCGUCGACGGUGGCGCGGAUGUACCACUCCACCAGCGCCGUGCUCCCGGACGCCACGGUGCUGGUCGCCGGCGGGAACACGAACGCGGCGUACAACUUCAGCGGCGUGGACUUCCCGACGGAGGUGCGGGUGGAGCGGUUCGCGCCGCCGUACCUGAGCAGGGAGCUGACCGGGAACCGGGCGGUGAUCGACGUGGCGUCGGUGCCGGCGGGCGGGAUGCGGUACGGGACCAAGUUCACGUUCAGGUUCCACACGCCGGUGGCGGCGGUGGAGUGGGGCGACGUGAGGGUGACCAUGUACGCGCCGCCCUUCACGACGCACGGCUACUCCAUGAACCAGCGCUUGCUCGUGCUGCCCGUCGCCGGCUUCUCGGCGCAGGGGCAGAUGUACGAGCUCACCGUCGACACGCCGCGGAAGCCGGAGCUCGCGCCGCCGGGGUACUACCUCGUCUACGUCGUAUCCAAGGACGUGCCCAGCGAGGCCGCUUGGGUCAAAAUACAGUAAAUGUUGGUGUAACUAAUCCAUGUACACUCUUCCUCUCUCUUUUUUUCCUGUGUCUGUUACCCCUUUUACUUAGGUAGGGAAGGUAUAUACGGAUAUCAGAUCGACCAAA